AUGGGGAACGAGUUGAAAACUCUGAUUUCUCGAAGAGACAGAGCGCUUUUAUUAAUCAACAGCUUGAAAGCAUACAACACUCGGAUACUUAGAGGAAAUGUACCAACCAUGGGGAGUAAAGUAAAAAACGAUGAGAAUGAGAAUUUCGAGAUUGAAACGGAAAAUAUGAAUGAAGAAAGAGAGAGUGAAUUGGUAUACAAUCGUGAAAAACUUGGACUAACGAGACCAAAGCCAAUAUCACCUCCACGGAAACCUCCAACUCAACCGCCAACUACUGAGCCAGCACUGGUGCUCAGAACAGAUCCGUGGAAUCAAAACAAACAGACAAACCAAUCGAACUCUUCAUUGUCAGCGUAUCAUGCCUCAGCAACAGCAAUGGAUCUAUGGAGCCGAGCCAUCAAACCACCAAGUCCUCCAACUUUCCCUUCUCAAGAAACACUGCAAUCCCUUCCACGCCAUCCACUCAAAAACAUUAAAAGCAAUGCACAUGAAAGAACAACAUCACCUUCAUCAACAACAUCAACUACACCAUCACGACCUCUAACUCCUCUUGAAUUGAGACAAUCAACACAAAACCCACUUGGCAACCAUCUCUUUGAUACACUUUUUGGGAAUCCUCGAAUUCGCUAUGAUCCAGUCGGUGCGUUGCCAGUUCCAUCAUUUCCUUGGUCUUCAAUGCCACUAAACUACAAUUAUCUUCGUCCGGAAUAUGGAAAAGAACAAAAAAGAGCAAAUCUUGGUGCUCAUUUCAUUGAAAUCACUGGUCUGCACUUUGAUGGUAAAAAUCUCUAUUUUGAUCUGAAUAAUGCAUCCGAGCUUCCAAUGUUGAUUCGUUUUAUUGGAUGGGAACCAAGGGGAAAUGGAGUGAAAAUUGUGUUUCCUGGAUGUGAGCAACCAGACGAAAGACAAUAUUAUAAGAUGUGUUUCGAGCUUGCUCCUAAUAAUUUGACCCGCAUUUUUGUCGAUUUUUCAGAAGCAAAACACGUGCUCGCAUACUAUGCUCAGCAAAACUCUCCCGAAUAUUACGCCUAUGUCCAUCUUUCCGGAAAGGGUCAAAUCAACAAAGAUGGUUAUUUUGCACUUGCUUAUGCAACUGUUUGUUUGAAAUACACCGAUGGAAAAUGGACUCCCGAAUCGACUCCAAAUCGUCCAGUCGAUCAUUUUCGUUGGAAAGCU